AGCCGCUUAGUGUUGUUUGACAGUGACGGGCUGAACAUUUGAGCUCGGUGAAGUCGCGUUAUCAGGCGCUUGUUCGGCCCGAGCAAACAAACCAAGUGGUCGUUAAACAGAAGAAGUAAAGAAAUACAGUGUUUACAGCAGUGUUUACAAAACCCGCACCAAACAAUACACCAAAAACAGUGAAAGCAGUAAUCAAAAGAAGAUAAAGAUAAAUCAACGAAAGCGCUCCUGAUUGCAUAGCGUCAGGCGUCAACAUGCUUCAAAGUCGCAACCAUCAACGGCCCAUCAUCAACAAUCUAAUCGGCAAAGGAGUCAAUUCAACCAGUGCGUAAAGCCAAACGAGGAUACACCGUCAACGGGCGUUUCACAUGCAGGAAUGAUUGAAUGUCUAGUGAAGUACCCUGCGGGAACGGCUGCCAGAUGUGUGCAUAGUAAACGCAAAGCGAUUACAACGUUCCUGCCAGUAAACAGUAGUGCAAUGCAUCGUGCUAGAGAGUAGUAGCUGUUCGUGUGAAGUACGUUCAGCUCAUCCUACUCCCACGGCGCAGAAAGGUUAAGCGUUGACGUGGAGAGGUGGACAGAGAGAUACACGCAUUAGUGUGAACGAAGGUUUAGGGGUGUCCGGGUGUUGAAGAUACUGUAAGAUAAGUGACAACCCGGGCAACCACACCGUCACCAGUGUGCUUAAGAACGUAUACCAUCAUGAGGGCGAUCAUGCCUACGUCGGGUGAAACGCUUCGGGCUUGGUUGCUGUCAGCGCUGGUCGUGCACGGUGCGGUCGCCGGUAAUCCGGACGCCAAGCGACUGUACGACGAUCUGCUGAGCAACUACAACAAGCUGGUCCGUCCCGUCGUGAACACGUCCGAUGUGCUGCGUGUUUGCAUCAAGCUAAAGCUGUCCCAGCUAAUCGAUGUGAACUUAAAAAAUCAAAUUAUGACCACCAAUCUCUGGGUGGAACAGUCCUGGUACGACUACAAACUACGCUGGGAACCAAAAGAGUAUGGCGGGGUGCAGAUGCUACACGUACCCUCCGAUCACAUCUGGCGGCCAGACAUAGUGUUAUACAAUAAUGCUGAUGGUCAUUAUGAGGUAACACUUAUGACCAAAGCAACCGUAUAUAAUAAUGGUAUGGUCAUUUGGCAACCACCAGCAGUUUACAAAUCGUCGUGUUCGAUCGAUGUUGAAUAUUUCCCAUACGAUGUACAGACAUGUGUUUUAAAAUUGGGAAGCUGGACCUAUGACGGUUUUAAGGUUGACCUGCGGCACAUGGACGAGAAGUCGGGCAGUAACAUCGUAGACGUCGGUGUGGACUUGUCCGAGUUUUAUAUGUCCGUCGAGUGGGAUAUCUUGGAAGUGCCGGCUGUAAGAAACGAAAAGUUCUACACCUGCUGCGAUGAGCCGUACUUGGACAUCACGUUCAACAUAACGAUGCGCCGAAAGACGCUCUUUUACACCGUCAACAUCAUCAUUCCGUGCAUGGGCAUAUCGUUUUUAACCGUGCUGACGUUCUAUCUGCCUUCGGACAGUGGCGAAAAGGUAACGCUUUCGAUAUCGAUUUUGAUUAGCCUUCACGUGUUCUUCUUGCUGGUAGUCGAAAUCAUACCGCCAACGUCGCUAGUUGUGCCUUUGUUAGGAAAGUAUCUCAUCUUUGCCAUGAUACUUGUGUCCAUUAGUAUAUGCGUCACGGUAGUGGUGUUGAACGUCCAUUUCCGGUCACCUCAAACCCAUCGAAUGGCACCGUGGGUGAAAACAUUUUUUAUUGACUUUUUACCACGAUUCCUCUUUAUGAAACGGCCACCGUACAUCGAAAACCACAGAAAACUGCUAUCCAAAGACCUACACGCUUGCUUUUAUCCUUAUUACUCGACUACUACAUUAAAUCGUAUAGCUCGUUUUACUAAUAGGGCUCCAUCUAAAGAAGAUCUUUCUCCGUCAAGUUUGUCAGGUACGGGACCGUUUGGUGGAAGCUGCCAAAUACACGGACCGAUUCAGCUGCCCCAUUCGGAGUCGGAGGAACUGUCGAUGUCUACCGCAGCCGAUACGGCCGUCCCGUCCGGCAUGAAGAGCCCAGCGUUCAAACAGCCAGCCUUUUCGCACGCCGUCUGUUCGACCGAGGUACACCGGAGUUGCUUCUGCGUGCGGUUCAUCGCCGAGCACACCAAGAUGCUGGAAGAUUCGACAAAGGUAAAGGAGGACUGGAAGUACGUCGCAAUGGUGCUCGAUCGACUGUUUUUGUGGAUCUUCACGCUGGCGGUGUUGGCCGGCACGGCCGGCAUUAUACUGCAGGCCCCAACCCUGUACGACGACCGGAUACCGAUCGACAAGACGUUCGACGAGCUGGCCACCUCGACCGUCGUACGCUGUCCCCCGCAAUAACGCUCGCCGGCACUGUCGCAGCUGCCGGUUGGCUUCAGUUUCGGGUUCGGGUUGCUGCUCGUGUGCGCCGCGGCCCUGAGCAGCUGCCUUUUCAUGUACGCCCGGUUGCGGGUCGCCCGUUGCACCCAGUCGGCCAAACAGUGCGAUCUGGGCGCGGGAAAGCGUGCGGGAUGUAUGAAAGGGACGAACCAGGAACCAAGCUGCGUAGCGGUAGAGAGGCGAUGAAGCGGUGUAGCGUGUAGCAGACCGGAGCAACCAGUCUGUUCAGUUUCUCUACUAUCGGCCUUCAUUAGUAGCACCUACACGCACAUUGCACACACACACACACACACACAUUCACACACACACCUCCGAUCGGCAACGACGCAAUGACUAUGCAGUGAUGAUGAGAUCAGUGUUCACCUUGGCCGCUACCAGCCCGUUCUUGAUCGACGCUCAAUUUGACAACAGGAUGUGGGUCGUGCAUGCAGUAGUAGAUUUGUUUCGACUGUACAUAUUCCGCACGGUUGCAAUGUGACGCGGGCAAACACCGAAACGUUAUAGCAGAGCGCAUAUAAAAUGGCCGACACAAUUUAUCAGCAAAAAAAAAGGUAGAUAAUAACACUCACAUCCGUAAGCAUUAAAAACACAGACACACACACACACAUACACAAACGUCAAACAGUAUUAUAUAGAUGCAGAUAAUAACUACAAGAGUUAACAUUUAAGAGUAAGGUUUAAACGAGUAGAAUUUUUAUGUCUAUAAAGAAUAAUACAACAAAAAAAAUGAGAAAGAAGCAAACUAAGACAAGAGAUAUGAGACAAGUGAAAUACAAUAUUUUUUUAUCGAACUAUGAACAGAAAAAAAACACACACACCUACACAAAUUUGCCCCAUUUCCAUCAUUCCACGCUAAAAACAAAUAGUGUGCGUGUGUGUGUGUGCGGGACAGAUUUAACAGCGGACAUGCUUCAUUUUACACACAUGACGUCGAAAACAUAUUAAACCAACAACAAGAACAACAAAAUAAAACAACAAAUUUGAACGAUGUAAUAAUUACAACACGAAGCAUGCCAGGAAAGGAGAUUAGACUAAUCGAAAACAGAAUGCAAAACGGUUAGAGGUGCAUAGAAAUGUUAACCAAAAUAUUCAACAGGGAGAAAGAAAGAGAGAAGAAAAAUGGGAAAGAAACAAUACAAACAAACCCAAACUGGCUUAAUGGAGCAGGGCAAUGAAAAACAAAACAAAAAAAAAAGAUGGAAACAAAACAAACAACAAUGACACUUAUAUCGGGUAAAGUAAAGAAUGUGACGAAAUGGAACAAAACAA